AUGACGUGGGAUAACUCUCUGCGUUUUUCAUCUAAAGACAAUUUAUCUGGCGUUCAGGGAAAGCUGAAUCCAUUAAAGAACCAGCAGAGGAAGAGACACAAGAAGCUCACCUGGGCUGGUGAUCUAUCCUGGGAGGAGAGGCUGGCUUCUGUAGCCACCCCACUGUGGAGGCUUAGUUAUGAUGAGCAACUUCAACCAGUCAAAGACGGUUAUCGCAACAAGUCAACAUUCUCCGUCAACAGGGGAGUGGACGGGAACCCAAAGACAGUUGGCUUUUACGUGGGCAAAGGCAAGCACGGGAACAUUGUGUGCGUCAAUGGAGACCACUUGCCUAACAUGCCGGAGAAGCACAAACAGGUGGCCAGAUGCUACCAGGAAUUCAUCCGCCGUUCUUCCCUAGAGCCUUGCCUCCUCUUCCACAAAGGGGGCCAUUGGAGAGAGAUCACGGUGAGGACCAACGCAGCAGGCCACACCAUGGCUGUCGUGUAUUUCCACCCACAGACGCUAAACCGGGAGGAUAUUGCAGCCCACACGGCGGACUUGACGGAAUUCUUCACAAAGGGUGCUGGGUCGGCUUGUGAGCUGCACUCACUCUACUUCCAAGAGAGCACCAUGACCCGCUGCACGCAUGAGGACUCGCCAUACCAGCUCCUGUAUGGUCAGACACACAUUUACGAGCAGAUGCUGGGUUUCAGCUUCCGCAUCUCUCCUGAUGCUUUCUUCCAAGUGAACCAGGCCGCCGCUCAGGUACUGUACAGCACGAUACGAGACUUGUGUGUCCCCAUUUCUGAGGACAGAUCAGGGACUCUCCUUGAUGUUUGCUGCGGGACUGGCGCAAUGGGCAUUACAGCGUCUCCUAGAGUACAGCGACUUGUUGGCGUGGAGGUUGUAGAGCAGGCGGUAGAAGACGCGAGAUAUAAUGCCGCCCUCAAUAAACUUGACAAGUGCGAGUUCAUCGCUGGUAAGGCAGAGGUAGUACUCCCUGGCCUCAUUUCACGGUUGACAUCUGAUGAUGGGUGUCUCACUGCCGUGGUGAACCCCUCUCGUGCCGGCCUCCAUCACAGAGUAAUACAGGCCUUACGCAACCAACCAGCCAUCCGCCGUCUUAUCUAUGUAUCCUGCAAACCAGACGGUGAGGCCAUGAGGAACUUCAUUGAACUUUGUUGCUCUCCCGACCCAAAGAAGAAACUCAAAGGAGAUGCUUUUUCUCCAAGUUUGGCUGUGCCUGUGGACAUGUUCCCACAUACUGUACACUGUGAAUUGGUUAUUCUCUUUGAGCGGUAA